AUGCAUCGCGCAAUCCGGUCAGUUGGAGCCCCGCAACCAGGUUUGUGGUCUUCGCAUCUGCCUUCCAAAGUCGGUCGGCGAACCUGUGGUGUUAGAUUCCGGCAAUCUGAACCGGAGAACCAGGACGACAUGGAGAAGAUCAAAAUCCAGAAAAAAGAGAAAUUAAGUUCUGUGGAAAGGGACGAGAUGUCUACUUCGUUCGGAGUGGCAUACGCCACGAGAUCAGAUGAAGAAGGAUUUGGGGGAAUAUAUGGAGGGAACCAAUCUCUUGGCGAAUGUGAUAAGGAGGCUGCCCAAGAAAAUCACAAUGAUUACGAGAGGACUCAAGGCAGUGAUGUCAAAGAGAAGGAAAAAGCGCCACAUCACUCCAAUGCGGAAUAGAUACAGACUCUUUUUUAGGGAGAGAAAAAAAUAAAAUUAACGAGUGCAUGUGUGUAUUGAA